GACGAUCCAUCCAUCUUAAAGCAAGCAGAGACAUGGAGUCGUCGCCGCUGCUGCAGCUGCCGGCGGCACGCGUGGAGGCUCUGAGCCUCAGCGGCCUCUCCGCCAUCCCGCCCGAGUACGUCCGCCCCGCCGACGAGCGAGCCGGCCUCGGGGAUGCCUUCGACCUGGCGCGCACCCAUGCCAACGACCACACCGCGCCGAGGAUCCCCGUCGUCGACAUCUCCCCGUUCCUCGACAGCAGCAGCCAGCAGCAGCAGCGGGACGAAUGCGUGGAGGCCGUGCGUGCCGCCGCCGCCGACUGGGGCGUCAUGCACAUCGCCGGCCACGGCAUCCCCGCCGAGCUCAUGGACCGCCUGCGCGCCGCAGGAACCGCCUUCUUCGCCCUCCCCGUCCAGGACAAGGAGGCCUACGCCAACGACCCCGCCGCCGGCCGCCUGCAGGGCUACGGCAGCCGCCUCGCCACCAACACCUGCGGGCAGCGCGAGUGGGAGGACUACCUCUUCCACCUUGUGCACCCCGACGGGCUCGCCGACCACGCGCUCUGGCCUGCGUACCCGCCCGACUACAUCGCCGCCACCCGCGACUUCGGCCGCCGAACGCGGGACCUGGCCUCCACGCUGCUCGCCAUCCUCUCCAUGGGCCUCCUUGGCACAGACCGUGGCGACGCGCUAGAGAAGGCGCUCACCACCACCACCACCAGGACAGCAGCUGACGACGACCUCCUCCUGCAGCUCAAGAUCAACUACUACCCGAGGUGCCCGCAGCCGGAGCUGGCCGUCGGCGUGGAGGCCCACACGGACGUCAGCGCCCUCUCCUUCAUCCUCCACAACGGCGUGCCGGGCCUGCAGGUGCUCCACGGCGCCCGCUGGGUGACGGCGCGCCACGAGCCGGGCACCAUCAUCGUCCACGUGGGGGACGCCCUGGAGAUCCUCAGCAACGGCCGCUACACCAGCGUCCUCCACCGCGGCCUCGUCAACCGGGAGGCCGUGCGCAUCUCCUGGGUCGUCUUCUGCGAGCCGCCACCAGACUCCGUGCUGCUGCACCCGCUGCCGGAGCUUGUCACGGAAGGCCACCCCGCAAGGUUCACGCCGCGCACAUUCAAGCAGCACCUGGAUCGCAAGCUUUUCAAGAAGAAACAGCAGCACAAAGCAAAAGCAGAGGAAGAGGAUGGCGGCAAUGGUGACCACCACCGCCACGAGCCGCCGCCGCAGACCAACUGAUGGGCUGCACAUGUCUUUCCAUCCGCCCACGCAUAUCUUCUCUCGCGAAAUUAAUAAGGAUCCAUCAGCAUUUUCCAUAUAUUUAUAUUAGUUUCAUGCUCCUACGUUACUACGAGAAAAAAAAUAGUAUCUAUGAUAUAUAAAAUCCAUGUGUUAAAAUAUUACUGUAACACUAAUAUUAUAUAUGUUGUUACGAAAUCAAUAUAAUAAAAUAAUUUGAUAUACCAAAACACUAAUUAUUAUUCUAUAAUUUUGUUAGCGUAACUAAAAGUUAAGAUUUAUAUACUUUAAAAGAUAUAUAAGAUUGUACCAUCACUAGUAAA